AUGAAUGGGGACCUUGAUCCAGGCUCUAGCAGCUUGACUGCUGCAGAAAAGCUGCGGCUGAAGCACGAAGCUGAAGCUGCCCAUCACCCCACAAUCGAAGAUGUUCCGGAUGAGGACGACUUAGAGCACCCCCUCCUUCGACUGAUGCUCCAAAAGAUCAUGUCCCUGCACCUGACGUGGCCGCCAAUGGCUUUUCAAAUGAAGAAGCAGGCAAGCAAAAGUCCGACGAAAACUCUCGACCUAUCCGCUGCUCCAAGCGGCUUGAACACUCAGUCAGAAGAGCUCUUCCCGGCCCUUGGCAGUGGUCCCAAAGCUCCUACUCCAGGCAAGCCCACAACUGCGUGGGGCGCCAAAAAGCCGUCUUCACUCCAGAACAGACCAAAUGGGGUCAAUGGGGGCCUCCAUGCGCCAAGUAUGAAUUCAUCCCGUGCAUCGACGCCGGUUUCGGAUGCUCGUACUCCUGCAUCCUUGCACGCUUCCACAAAGCCAACUUUCAAUGGCGUACCCCAGCAAAUACACAUACCCGGGAAGCAUACUGAAAGCAUUCAAUUCGCCCGCCAUCAGCUUGUACCGCCUAACAAGCUCAAGAAAAAGUCCUACCAAGGAGUGGUACAAGACAUUAACAGAAGAUCCAAAGCCAAAGUGGAGGUCAAGCCUGGGUUCAAUGGAGGCGUUGUUUUCGAAGGGACCGGGCCUGUUGAUGCAACCCGUCAAGCAUUGAAGGAUGUGGCAAAGGAGGUUGGCUCGACACAAACGGUGAAGAUCCCGAUACCUCUGAGCGUGCGCUCCCAUGUUAUUGGGCGACAGGGAGCUAUGAUCCAAAAGCUCGAGAAAAGCACUGGUGCCAAAGUGCAAGUCCCAAAGACUGAAGAACGCCAUGCUGUUGUUUAUGAAGAUGACGACAGUCAAACCAUAGACGUGACCAUUGAAGGCGAUGCUGUUGCUGCGGAAAUGGCUCGGCGGGAGGUUGAGAAUAUAAUCAAUGAGCGCACUUCGACCGUGAAUCUCCGCCUAAAACAUAUUCCAGCAGAGUACUACCCCUUUAUCGCAGGACCACAUAACUGUCGCAUCCGUGCGCUGGAAGAUGGGAGACAGGUACAAGUUGAAGUGCCUCAAUACAUUACCUGGACAGAUGGACCACCUCCAGAGGUCUCGCCGACUGGCAUGCCACCUCAAUUUACCCCAUGUUCAACCCAUCAUAUCAGAAUCUCUGGCGAGCGUCUUGCCGCCCUACAAGCGCGAUCUGAAAUCGAACGCCAAGUGGAAGAGCUCCAACGACAGAUAUGUCUUUCUCAACUGCAGCUCGACCGAGGUCAGCGUCAAAUCCUUCUCGAGAAUGAGGAUUCCCAUCACGACUUCCUGAACGAGACAGGAUGUGCCAUCAUCCUGCCCCCUGUUACUGCUGACUCUGAUAUCCUUACCAUCACUGGCCCACAGAAUAGGCUGGUUUCUGGCUUGGAUAAAAUCAUGGAGAUAGCUAGUGCUAUGUCAUUGUCUCGCGUCGAUGUAGCUCGUCAACACGCAAAUGCUCCAAUGGGUGCACACGCCCAUGCUCAUGCUGUUACACAAUAUCUUCAACAGCGGAAGAUCAUUGAGCAAUUAGAGCGACGGUACAACGCGCGAAUUGUGCUACCAAAUAAUGAUCGAGAAUCCGCCGAGUGGGAGGUCUAUGUCAAGGAUGGCAAGAAUGGCAUCCGAGCAAGACAAGACAUUCUCGGAUUGAUAUCAGCACAUCCACCAGCUCGGAUACGUCACGUCCAAUUAGAUCCGUUCUUCCAUCAACACGUACAUCAACAGACUGCCAGAAAACUAAAAGAUGACUACGGAGUACAGAUACUACCGUCUAGAGCCUCUGCGUCUUCGGACCAUCUAAUUCUUGUUUAUGAAGGGCAACAGGCAUCUUUUGUUGAAGCUGAUGCCUUUCCACGAUCGGUACCUUUGCCACAGGAAGUGGCAGAGUUUGAACAAAACUUGGAGCAAGCUCAACAGCACAUUCUUGAUUUGAUCAGUGAUCAACAGAAGAUUCAUGCAACUAAUGUUGCAGCACCUCUGAAAUAUCACGAAAAAAUUCGCAAGUUCGUUCAACGAGAACAGGAAAGCUUACCCCAGGAUCGGGUCCCUGUUCAAGUAAGUUUUGGGGUCUCCGGGAAAAUUGAUCAAGGCGCAGCGACAGUGCCGGACAGUCCUCUAUCUUCAACAACCGAUCAUCAUGCUACUUUGCGUGGUCCAAGACCUGCUGCUGAUGAUUUCGCUGCCAAAGUACUGGCAUUUGUUGAGGCCGAAAAACAAGACGAUCUUGAGCGCGGCCAUAUCACAAGCUUCGAUUACCCGCAGAAGCAUAUGAGCCAUCUCAUUGGCAGGAGAGGCGAAAACGUCAACAAGCUCCGAGAAGAGUUCGACGUCAACAUCCAAACAAAGGAGGGUAGAGUUGAGAUCAUCGGCCCAAAAAUGAAAGCUGAACAACUGAAAGCCCGAAUAAUAUCGCAAGCUAAGCAAUUGGAAGACGAACGCAGUCACGUUCUUAAGAUACCGUCUAGAUAUCAUCGAGAUAUCAUAGGGGCAAAAGGCAGCCAGGUCAAUCGGCUCCAAGAUCGACAUAACGUCCGAGUUCAAUUUCCUCGAGCAGUUUCCGCCUCUGAAGACGCCAAAUCACUUGCAGAUGGUGCAAGCGAGAUUAGCCCUUCACGAAAUCGAAGACCUAACCAAGGACCCGAUGAGGUGAUUGUCAAAGGACCCAGUAAGGGUGCUGAUGCAGCACGAGACGAGCUUUUGAGCCUGUUGCAAUGGACAAUGGACAAUUCGCACGCGUCAUCUGUACGUGUGGCUCAGAAACAAUUGCCUUCUCUCAUUGGACAAGGCGGACAAGAAAUGGAGGCUCUUCGAUUGGCAUCCGGCGCCCAGGUGGACGUGCCAAGCAAAGAGAGUGGUGACGCUGGUGGACGCGUCGAAAUUCAGCUCAAAGGCACGAAAAAGCAAGUUGAGGAGGCCAGGAAGAUCUUAGAGCAAAAAUCCAGAAUCUUUGAUAGUACAGUGUCUCGAUCCAUAAACAUCGAUCGCAAACAUCAUAGGGCUCUCAUCGGCAGCGGAGGCUCAAACAUCCGCAAUAUUGUUGUGGCUGCUGGAGGCUCUGAUGAUCGUCGCGACUUGGCUAGAACCGUUAGGUUUCCAAGGCAAGACUCUGAUACGGAUGCCGUUCAGGUAGAAGGUGAUUCAGCGUUGGUUGACAAGAUAAUUGCAGCAAUGCAAGACUUCGCCACGCAAAAGGAGGGGCAGAUGGUUGAGAACGUGGUCAUCCCACCGCAGAAACAUCGUUUGCUCAUCGGUCCUGGCGGGGAGACCAGAAGGCGUCUCGAAUCUCAAUUCAAAGUUGAGCUUUACAUACCUAAGACCACGGAAGAAUCCGCUGCCCGAUCGAAUAUUAAGAUCAGCGGCCAGGCCGCUGACAUAGAGAAGGCGAAGGCUCACAUUUUGAGCUUGACUGAAGAUCAACCCGGGGAGACCAUUCAGAUACCAAGAAAGCACCAUCAUUCAAUUGCAGAUAACGGUCGAUUCUUUCGACAUCUCCGAAAUGAUCUUCACGUCACAGUCGACCAUGGGAAUCAAAGACCACCUGCAAAACCCACAUCUACUUCGGUUGCUCAAAACUCUGGAUCCUCCAUGCCACUGAUUACUGACGAUCCCAAUUCCAUGAGUACCCACUCGUUCAAUAUAGUAAACGGUGAAACAGUCUCCUCUGAAGAAGGCUCCAUCCCGUGGAAUUUGAAAGGCACACCAGAGAAUAUUGCGGCCGCUUCUUCUGCACUCGACAGGGCACUCGAAGCUGCGGCGGCGCGCGAGUCGCAAGUCACUGGCUACUUAGUGCUUCCAGAUCCAAGCCUUUACCGAUAUGUCAUAGGCAAAGGUGGAAGCAAGAUCAAUGAUAUUAGGGCGCAAACAGGAUGUAAGAUUACGGUGCCAAGGCAGAAUAGUGAUGGUAAUGCAAUAGAGAUUGUGGGCGGCAGGGAUGGCGUCGAGCAUGCUCGAGAUAUCAUUCUUGAUGCUGUGGAUCGCACUGGAGGCUACUAG